GGGUUCACUAUCUUCGCAGCGGGCUGUGAAAGCCAGUUCAGCUCCUGAACCCCACAAUUGUUCAACAGGCUUUUGGACACUGACCGGUUUCAGAAGACAGAAUCUGGACGACUAGGACAUUUUCACUCGGCACUCACAUGACAGAGGCACCAGCAUUGUGUCUGGUUUAAGCAGGCGAGCUCUUCAAACCCAGGCCACGGGCAUUUAUGAAGCCUGAACACAGAACGAUAGCCACAAGACAGUGGACCAGGAUGCCGUGGCCUACCACACUAUGUCUACAGCCAUGAAGAAGAGGAUGUCUCUGAGGAGGAUGAGCACACCAUCCACAGAGAAGCGGGGGAGGAGGAGGCCUUCUCCCCAGGCCCUGGGGAACAUUGUGGGCUGCAGAAUUUCUCACGGAUUGAAGGAAAGUGAUGAGCCCGUCACCCAGUGGAAGGCCAUCAUUCUAGAUCAACUGCCAACAAAUCCCACUCUCUAUCUGGUCAAGUAUGAUGGAAUUGAUUGUGUCUACGGACUGGAACGUCACAGUGAUGAGAGGACUUUAAAGUUUAAGGUCUUGACUCACAAAGUAGUGUUUCCUCAAGUGAAAGACGCACAUCUCGCAAGAGCCAUGGUUGGCCGAGCGGUGGAGCAUAAAUUUGAGGGCAAACAUGUCUCUAAGGAGAACUGGAGCGUGGUGGUCCAUGCCCAGGUGCCGAUCAUGAAGGACUGGUUUUACAUCACCUACGAGAAAGAUCCAGUCCUAUACAUCUACCAGCUCCUGGAUGAUUACGCAGAAGGUAACCUCCGUAUCAUUCCAGAGACUCCUUCAGCAGAGGUGAAGUCAGACGUUGACAGCGACAUCUUAACAGGUCAAUGUGUGCAGUUCACCAGAAGUGACAGGUCCAAAAAGAUUGGCAAAGUCAUUUACCAAGUUCUAGCCAAGCCUUCUGUGUAGUUCACCAAGUUUGAUGGCGACGUCCACAUCUACGUCUAUAAUCUGGUGGAAAAGAUCCAUUAAGAUAACCAAGGGCCUUUGACAACCCCAGUAUCUUUUCCAGUGGAAUUUGUUUUGCUCUAAAAAUUAAAAUGUGCGAUGUGACGGGUUGUGUGUGAACACUUUGGUGGAGGAGAUGGACUGUGGUGGAUGGAACAUGGAGAGGAAGCCGGAAAGGUCAAGGCUGUGAACAGUAAGUCUGAUGUCACGUAGGCUAAAACAAACAGAACUGAACUGGUCUGGUAUUUAGGAAGAGAAAAGAACUGGAGAUGAGGCUUAGAGGAGCAGGGAUGGCACGGGGGAAAAAAGAUGGUUGUUUAGGAAGCAGAGGAGAGGGGCCAGAUAUAGAUAGACUCUCUGAGGUGAAGUUUGAGGGAGAAACAGACAGUUGGGGAAAGAGGGGCAGGGAACAGGGAGGUGAUCUUGGAACUCAAGGGGAAUCCCAAUAAACUGAUCCAAGCAGACUGAGAAUCAGAGAAGGUCGGGGAUUGUUUGACUAACGGAACCUAAUGAAACCUGUUUCUCAUCUGUAGAUGUAUUAUUUUUAAUUAUGUUGGUGGGGGCAGGGCAUGAAUACAGGAGACCACAGAGACAAAAAUAGUCAGGUCCCCUGGAGCUAGAAUUAAAGGUGAUUGGGAGCCAUUGGACAUGAGCUCAAAGAACAAAUCCAAGUCCUCUUUCAAAGCAGACGAGAUCUUGAUCCAUUGGUCAUCUCUCCAGUCCCAUAAGUCAUCUUUUUAAAUACAUCCAACCUUUACAUGCAGAGAAGAGACCAGGAUGAGGGUAAGAAAGAUUAAAUUGAUGGGGAUGUGGAAGAAAGACUAAAGAACACAUGAGGAAGUAGAGGACACUGAGGGACGAAGGAAUUCCAAAUGGAGUUCUCAAAAAGUGAAGCAGGAGACCAGGAAGAACAGAAAGGGUCUAGAAUGAGUUGAACUUGGGCCACAUCAAUAUUGGUCUCUUUGGUUCCUUAAAUAAUAUCCAACCAUCACUACAGAAGGUGGAUGUGAGGUGGAGGCUUCCCCAGAGGACAUUUUGACGAGGAUAACACAAGAGUAGUGAAUGCCAAACCAAGUUUUAUCUAUCGAUUCCUGAAAGUAUCAUAAAGCCCAUUAUUUUGUAUUAUCAGUAAAAGUAAUUUAAAA